GGGGGACGGGGGGGCCCCCGCCAGCCGGUUUGGGCCUGCUGUCUUGUGAAAGAAGAGAGUCGCUUCUGGGGAGAGCGGUUCACGUUUUGGAGAGGGGACGAGACCGGGAAUUUUUCCCCCUGGUGCGCGAAUGGUGCGGCCCUGAGCGUGUCCCGGAGCCAGCCCGACGUGUCUAAGGCCCGCGGAACGCGGGUUCUGUGAAGAGACGUGGAGAAGGUUCUAUACCGAGGAAAGGAGCGCGAUUGAAAGGGAGCGAGGCCGCUGAGGGGGGAGGGGGCUGCCAAGAUGGCGUCCGCCUCCUCUGGGCCGUCGGCGGCCGGGUUUUCAUCCCACGAUCCCGGGGUCCCUGCCAGUACCUCAGCAGCAGCACCUGGAGUCAAGAGAACCACAGUAUCUGAGGGGCCUCAUUCCUCUGUCCUGCCUGUCAAGAAGAUAGGCCACAGGAGUGUUGAUUCCUCUGGAGAGACAACAUAUAAAAAGACAACUUCAUCAGCCUUGAAAGGUGCCAUCCAGUUAGGCAUUACUCACACUGUGGGAAGCCUGAGUACCAAACCAGAGCGAGAUGUCCUCAUGCAAGACUUCUAUGUGGUGGAGAGCAUCUUCUUUCCCAGUGAAGGGAGCAACCUGACACCGGCUCAUCAUUACAAUGACUUUCGUUUCAAGACCUAUGCUCCUGUUGCCUUCCGCUACUUUCGGGAGCUAUUUGGCAUCCGACCUGAUGAUUACUUGUACUCCCUUUGCAGUGAGCCUCUGAUUGAACUCUGCAACUCUGGAGCUAGUGGUUCCCUCUUCUACGUGUCCAGUGAUGAUGAAUUCAUCAUUAAGACAGUCCAGCACAAAGAAGCAGAAUUUCUGCAGAAGUUGCUUCCAGGAUACUACAUGAAUCUUAACCAAAACCCUCGAACUUUGCUGCCCAAAUUCUAUGGAUUGUACUGUGUGCAAGCAGGCGGUAAGAACAUACGAAUUGUGGUGAUGAACAAUCUCUUACCACGGUCAGUCAAAAUGCAUAUGAAAUAUGACCUCAAGGGCUCAACUUACAAGCGACGGGCUUCUCAAAAAGAAAGAGAGAAGCUGCUCCCUACCUUUAAAGAUCUGGACUUCCUACAAGAUAUUCCUGAUGGUCUUUUUUUGGAUGCUGACAUGUACAGUGCUCUGUGUAAGACCUUGCAGCGUGACUGUUUGGUGUUACAGAGCUUCAAGAUAAUGGACUAUAGCCUAUUGAUGUCAAUCCACAACAUGGAUCAUGCACAACGAGAGCCCCUAAACAGCGAAAUACAGUACUCAUUUGAUACUCGCAGACCAGCACCACAAAAGGCUCUCUAUUCCACGGCUAUGGAAUCCAUCCAAGGCGAGGCUCGACGAGGUGGCACUGUGGAGACUGAAGAUCAUAUGGGUGGUAUACCUGCCCGGAAUAACAAAGGGGAGAGACUCCUGCUUUAUAUUGGCAUUAUUGAUAUUCUGCAAUCUUACAGGUUUGUUAAGAAGUUGGAACACUCUUGGAAAGCACUGGUACAUGAUGGGGACACAGUAUCAGUGCAUCGUCCAGGCUUCUAUGCUGAGCGGUUUCAGCGAUUCAUGUGUGGCACAGUGUUCAAGAAGAUUCCCUUGAAGCCCUCUCCUUCCAAAAAGUUUCGGUCUGGCUCAUCUUUCUCUCGGCGAUCAGGCCCCAGCGGCAACUCCUGCAUUGCUUGCCAGCCAUCAGUCUCUGGGGAACACAAAGCACAAGUGACAACAAAGGCGGAAGUGGAGCCAGAUGUGUACCUUGGUCGCCCUGAUGUCUUACCUCACACUCCACCUUUGGAAGAAAUCAGUGAGGGCUCACCUGUUCCUGGCCCCAGUUUCUCACCUGUACUUGGAGAGCCUAUGCAAAUACUAAAUACGAGUGAGCAACAAACCUCAGAAGACCUGAAACAAGAUUCUACUGUUUCUUUAAUAUCAAGAUGUCAGCCCUUGCCUCAGGAGUGCUGAGUUUUCUUCUUGGUUAUCAAAUGAAAAGAAUACUUCCGAGGCUCGCAAAGCUCUUCACCACCAUCUUCCCCUUCCUCUGGGCACUAGUGCCUUUUACAGUUGAGGAUAGCAGUGUCCCCACCACUACAGAAUGGGUGGCAUGAAUUUCCCACUGGCCAGUUGUUGGCUUCUAUAACUGAACUCUUUCAAACCCCCAUUCUUUGUGCUGGAAGUGGUGUUGCUGGACUUGAUGGUUUUCUUCUCUUAUCUUUAAUUUACCUUUCACCAGGAGCUGGACUCUUACCUCCUCAGGACAGACUAGCUGGCAUAUUAUUUUUACCUUAGUUUUUUCCCUCUAGUCCUUGAAGAAGUCCCCAAUAAUUUUUAUAAAGGUUUUUUUUUGGGGGCGGGCAGGUAAGGGUGAUCCUUACUCAUAGCCUUCUUUUUUCCUUAAGAAAGGAAAAGAACUGACAGCACACAGCACAAUUUCAAACCAGCCUCAGAUAAAAGUUGCAGAAAUGUCAGAUGUACCCAAGUGCUUGUGAAACAGAAAGGCUGUGAGUGCUCUGCAGAGCUCCUCGUUGACUCUUCCUCUCUCAAGGUUACAGGGGUAGAGAGAGGGACAUGGGUUCAUCAGUACCCCUCUGUUAAAGCAGUGGGAAGCCAUGUUAGGAGAUGAUAGCCCUUAAGCAGGACCCUACUCACUGCCAGGCCAUAAUGAUAAUUACUAUUUUGCAAUUUGAAAUGUGUUCUAGUUGUUCUAAAUAUAAAGAAUUACCAAUUGAUUUUAGACCAUUCUCCAAAGGAGAUUUCUUUGUUCUUCCCAUAUUUUCCAACAGUGUUCUGCUCUUUGUGGAGCUAAGGUGGAGGGAGACAUUUGUGUCUGUUUAGUGGGCAGUUCAUGUAUUUGAGGCUAGAGAAUAUUUUCUUAAGCUCAUGGGGAAUCAGCAGGUUUCCCUCAAUUAGGUUAUUGGCCAUGCCACCUGGCCUGCCCCCUUUAUGUAGAGAAUCUGUCUCUCAAAGUUACUGUUAUCCAUCUGAUCCUUUUCUUGGAGUGGGGAAGGCGGGCAAAGGAUUUCAGGCAGGCUGAAAUCUCCUAUUACUACUUCUCUAUCCCAAACUACCUUGAUAGCAGGUUAGCCUAUACCCUAAGUAACUGUCUAUAUUAGACACCCUCAGCCAGUUUGUGGCUGCCUGUCUUUGCUGCCAUGUUCUUUUUUACAAGAAAGAAAGAGACAAUUCUUGCUAUUUUUUUUUUCAUAAUAUACUAUUUAUGAUGUAUUUAAGUGUUUUAUGCAGGACAGAGUUCUGUAAGGGGUGGGAGGGAGUAUUUGAGGGAGUGUGGGUCUUAGGGAAUGGAAAUUGGGAUUCAACAUUUUUAUGAAGUGUUACUAUUUGACUACUUUGUAUUGUUAAAAAAUGACAAAUGCAAUAUAAAAGUAAUAAAUACGUGGUUUUAAUGUA